AUGGGGCGCAUUUUAGACCUUGCAUACGGGAAUUGGUCAAGUGCAGCAACUUCUUCGCUCAUACGCGUCAGCGAGCACCCGCUGCUGCCAAUAAACUGCUAUCACCCACCGCUCGAAUUUGAUUUGGAAAUCACAGCAUCGUCUAUGAAUCACGCUACCACUGUUACGGAAAUAAAGCUCAAUUACGCACGUGCUGACCUUACUAAACUCAAGAGACUGAUCUGCUCCUUCAACCAAUCGUUUGAAUGCUCAAACUAUACAUCCAUUGACCAUGCCACGAACGAUUUCUCAGAGUUUAUGCGGGCCGCAUUGCGUGAAUGUGCUCCUAUUAAAAAGCCCCAUCGCGGACCGCCGUGGGGUGACCGCACAUUACAUGCCCUAAAAAAAGCAAAGCGAGCCGCUUAUGACUAUUUACGCGCUAAUCGAUCCACACCGUGUCGGCUUUACUACAAUGGUGCUCAUGCACUUUAUCGACGUUAUAAUAGAGUCUGCUAUCGUCGAUAUAUACGCCAGACUGAACGAAGCUUGCGAAAGUACCCUCGCCGCUUUUGGAGCUUUGCCGACAACAUGCGCAAGUCAACUGGCCUCCCCUGGACUAUUCGGUAUAAGGAUAAUUGUGCACACUCGCCAUUAGAUAUUUGUGAACUGUUCGCCACGCGUUUCGAGGAUAGCUUCAUCUCUAACAUCACACCUCCGGAGGCUGUUGCUUCCGCGCUCGUGAACACUCCGGCAGAUGCAAUUCAUGUCACGCUACCUAUCGUCACCGAGACCCUGGUUACCCAAAAAAUCGAGCGUCUAAAGUCGUCAUACUCCGAGGGGCCAGAUGGUAUCCCAGCGACAAUUCUCAAGCGUUGUGCCGUAUCGGUAGCUCCUGUUUUAACUAAGAUUUUUAACGAAUCUCUGCGCACAGGAACCUUUCCAUCACUGUGGAAGGUCUCAUGGCUAACACCCAUCCACAAAAAGGGCAGCAAAAACGAAGCAGUGAACUAUCGAGGUAUUACCUCUUUAGCUGCCUGCGCCAAAGUGUUCGAGCUAAUCAUCUAUGAACCAUUAAUGGCAUCUGCCGGCAAAUACAUCAGCACUAACCAACAUGGAUUCAUGCCUAAGAGAUCAACUACGACAAAUCUGAUGCAAUUCGUUAGCGGCUGUUAUAAGUCCAUUGAUGAUGGUAUGCAGGUUGAUGCCAUUUACACGGACAUUAAGGCGGCUUUUGACAGUGUGUCCCACAACAUUCUUCUGGCAAAACUUGAUAGACUUGGAUUAUCACCACCCCUGGUAAAGUGGAUGAAAUCGUAUUUAUGUAAAGUUAGCUGA